GCAUGUUCAAUCUCACACCGGUGCGCAACGUUUUGCUACGGUUUCCGGGUUGAACGACAUGUUUCCUGGAAACGGUGUGCAACGGAAUGCAACAGGUUUUAGAAGCGUUUUCUCUUGUUUGGUGGGUGUGUCAGAAAUGUCAGCCCAAUCAGCGGCAAGAUGUAUAAAACCACGCGAUAGUAAAGAGACAGCUCUCUCAAUGGGUUCAAGUUGGAAUGUUGUCUUUCAUUUUGGACAGUAAGGUCAGUGAUUGUAACAUCGAGGGUAUUUUACAGUAUUAAACACACAUUUAUAACGAUUUCAUCAGGCUUUAGAAACAUUUAAAAAAGAACACAAAGAAUGGCCUCUCAGCUACCGUAGUUGCAACUCUUGCGUCAUCACAACAGGGUGUUCAAUGCAUCACCGUUUCAGUUUAAUAAACGUUGUGCUACGUUUUGUCGGGGCUGAACGCAGCCCAGCAGCAGCAGCACCACCGACGUCGUUGAGAUAAAUGAUUACAGAAUGCAAAUGUGUUUCCUCUGAAGAUCUCACAGAUGUUAAAAUACGCGAUGUGUUUUAGAAAUAAUUUUAGGUGUAUAGAGAGGUAAAUGGAUACCAGCCAAAAUGGACACGUUUGGAUUAAUAAAUCUCUGUGCGUUUCUCCUGCACUCGGCGAUUUUCUUCAGAUUUGCUGUGAGUGAUGUUUGCUGCAUCAGUUCAUCGGGUAAACUGUGGGUUCACAGCAAUGAAAAAUUGUUCAAUGUGUCUAUGAGCAAGCCUGGCAUAACUCCACUUCGCAAUAGAAGGUUCACACAACUAUCAUUUUCCAAAUCUGUAUAUUCAUUUGAAGUUAGGGAAGACACACCCCCUGGGACGAUAGUUGGACAUGUGGAGGUUUUAUAUGACGAGGAACUUGCAAAGUCAGUGUACUCUGUGCUGGAAGAUGAUGGUGAUGGCCUUUUCCUACUCGACCCACAUUCCGGGAAAUUCCUCUUGUCCCGUGCUGUGGAUUUUGAGAUGGAGCGAUACUACAUCCUGACCGUUGCAGCACAACAAGGGGACGGGCAGCUCAAUAGGGUCCGGGUGUAUUUCAACGUGAUUGAUGUCAAUGACAACCCUCCAGUUUUCAGUCAAAAUACCUUUCUUGUCUCUGUGUUGGAGGACUCACCUGUUGGAAUGUGUUUUCUCACUCUGAAUGUUUCAGAUGCAGAUGACGGUAUAUAUGGAAAAGUGGAUUUGGUGGUGACAUCAGAAGAUCCUGAAUGCAAAUUUUCCAUAAACCAGCAUGGGGCGCUGUGUUUAAAAGGUGAUUUAGACAGAGAAAGAGUCUCGACACAUAGCCUCCUCGUACAUGCCAGUGAUCGAGCUUUACCACCAGAUGUUCGGCUCACAACCUCAGCCCAAGUGACCAUUUACAUUCUGGAUGUCAAUGACAACCCACCUCUCAUCACAACACCCCACACUGUUAUAUUUCCAGAGGAUGCCCCCCUUAAUUCGGUGGUUACGGUGGUUCAAGCCACAGAUGCUGAUUCUGGUCUCAAUGCUGAAAUAGUUUUCAGCUUAAAGAAUCCGACAGAAGACACGUUCAGUAUAAACAGCUCAACUGGAGUCAUGUACCUGCAAAGGCUGUUAGACAGGGAACUUAACGAUGCCAUUACAGUCACAGUAAAAGUCAAAGACAAAGGUGUACCUCAGUUGUUCAGCUCAUUCAACCUCACUGUGCUAAUCGAGGAUGUCAAUGACCACAAUCCAGAGUUCACCCAAAGCUCCUACAACCUCACAAUAUAUGAGGAUGUUCCACGUGGAGCAAGCCUUCUCAGGGUUCAUGCAUCUGAUCAAGACAUUGGUUUGAACGGGGACGUGCGGUUUUACAUCUCAGAGAAAGGCUUCAUGAUAGACUCGGUUCUAGGUGUGCUUUCAGUGAUGGAUGAGAUGGAUCGUGAGAAGAAGGCUUUUUACAGUUUUCCAGUCACGGCAGUAGACCAGGGUCACGUUCAACGGUCUGCCACAGCAACCAUCAAUAUCACAAUCGUAGAUGUUAAUGACUGUGUGCCUAGUUUUUCCUCUGAAUCGCUGACCUUACAUGUGCUUGAAAAUGGAGAGGAUUCUACUCAGAACAUUCAUCAGAUAUACGCAGUUGAUGAUGACCUGGAUGUGAACAGUUUACUGACCUACUCUAUAGAGUCGGGUAAUGAAGAGGGGCUUUUUUUACUUCAUCUCAAUGGGACGUUCCACAUCCUAGAAAAUCUUGACCGGGAAUCGAAAAGUCAGCACAUGCUGAAAGUGAUCGCUGUUGAUUCAGGUUUUCCAUCACUGACAGGCACAGGGACCUUGAUUAUUAUUGUCGAUGAUGUCAAUGACAAUAUUCCAGUAUUUGAUGAGGACACAUUUGAUACUCGUGUGUCAGAGGAUGCUUCUGUUGAAACUGUGUUUGGGAGAGUUUCAGCAUCAGACAUAGAUGACGGUUCUAAUACACCACUAAGAUAUUAUUUAGAUGGAUCAGAUGUUCCCCUUUCCAUCAAUGAAACAUCUGGAGAGUUGUUCACCAUAAGUGCACUGGACCGAGAGGUGGUGGCUUCUUACAGGUUCUUCGUGUUUGUGACUGAUGGACAUCCCACACGGAUGCUUUCCAGCUCAGCUGCUGUUUCAGUAACUGUAGAGGAUGUAAAUGAUCAUACUCCAGCAUUUCUUUAUGGACCAUAUGUGGCCAAUGUUCCUGCUGGAAUAGCCAAAGGAUCGGUCGUGUGCUCAGUGAUGGCAGAAGAUGCAGAUGAUGGAUUGAACGCCAAAAUCAAAUUUUCUCUUCAUGGCCGAUAUGCCCAUCUUUUUUCUAUAAAUUUUCUCACAGGAACGGUCUUCACUGCAGAUUCAGUGAAGAGAAGAAAUGACAUCACGGUUGACGUUCACGUGCAAGACGGAGCAGAUGAUCCAAAAAUCGACACAACAACAUUGACUGUCAGAUUUCAGAAUGACUCAUACUUUCCUUAUAUUGCAGUUCAAGUAUAUAAGGCCUUCCUUUCAGAGGAUGAACCUACCGGGACACUGGUGGCUUAUGUAACUGCAGAAACAGCAAGGAAUUUACCUGUGUCCUUCUACCUGGCCUCUGGAAACUUUGGUGAGGCAUUUGAGCUUCACCAUAGCACUGGUGAGCUGACUGUGAAGAACCCUUUAGAUUUUGAGACCGAUGUGUAUUUUCAUCUGAUAGUUGAAGCCAGAGACUCUGGGAUGCCACCUUAUUCAUCCUAUGCCGAAAUUAAUUUCAACAUCAGCGAUGUAAAUGAUAACCCACCUGUGUUUUCACAAAAAAUCUACAGGUGUGAGGUUCAUGAGAACUUGGCAGCACGCAAGGUUUGUGAUAUAAUAGCAACUGACGCUGACUCCGGAGUGUUUGGGAAGGUGAAGUAUUUUAUCUUGGCUGGUAAUAUCGAAGGGGCAUUUAAAAUAGACAUGAAUCACGGCACUCUAACCACAACAAAGCGGUUAGAUAGAGAAAAAAUACCCCAUUAUAAUCUCACAGUCAAGGCCGUCGAUGAAGACAAAGUCAGUUUUUCUGCCAUCGCUAAGGUUAUAAUCACCGUUCUUGAUGUGAACGAUCACGCGCCUCGAUUCUCACAAAUUUUCAUCACAGAGGUUCCUGAGGAUGCUCCUGUUGGCUUUUCGAUCAUACAGAUAACGGCAACAGAUGAUGAUGUUGGUGUAAAUGCUGUUAUUGAGUAUACAAUCUUAAAUAGCCAAAAUAAAAACUUCCCCUUCAGUAUUGACAAAGCAAGUGGCAUAAUAAUAUUAGCGCACCAGCUGGACAGAGAAGAUCAGGAUCUUUAUAUAGUGAAAGUUAAUGCCAAUGAUUCUGCCUGGAGUGUCAGCACAGACGUCACCUUUGAUAUUACGGAUGUCAAUGACAACACACCAUUUUUUACUCAACCUCUGUACUCCAUCACUGUGCCUGAGAUGAAUGACCAUGAAGUGUUCCUCCUUCAAGUGAGCGCCACCGACCAAGAUCUUAAUCAGAAUGCUCAGAUCCUGUACUUUAUUGACCCGCCAAAUGAGCAUUUUUUUGUGAAUGCUUCCACUGGAGAUAUUUUGACCAAACAGCCCGUUUCUCUCUAUGAAUCUGACUCAUUAAUCUUGAGUUUUACAGUUGUAGCUUCUGACUGUGGCAGUGUUCCUUUGAACAGCUCCACCCUCGUCUCGGUGACAUUUGUACUAUACAAUCGUUUCCCACCUUUGUUUUUAUCCAUCAGGCCGUUGGUCCCUGUCCCUUUAAACAUGGAAGUGGGAACGGAGGUGAUCCUGUUAUCAGCAAUAGAUCAAGACUCUCUUGAAAUGAACAACAGCAUUGAGUACUUCAAUAGUGGUGGAAAUGGAUCUCUAUAUUUUCAGGUAGAGCACAACAGUGGAAGAGUUUUGGUGAAUAAAACUUUAAAAAACAGUCUCAACAGUAUCCUGUCUCUUCAAGUCACUGCUAAAGAUAAAGGUUACCCUCCGCUUUCCACCCAAAACGAAAUCAGUUUCACAGUCACAGGAGAGAAUCUCUUCUCACCAUAUUUCCCUGACAGUAAGGUUCAGUUUUUUGUUCCUGAAGAUUUACCCACGGGUUCAAUCAUUGGAAAGAUCCAAGCCAAAGAUAACGAUGUUGGAGUAAAUGGUCUUAUUUCCUAUCAUUUUAAUAGCGGGAAUGAUAAUGGACUGUUUUCCAUACAACACUCUUCAGGGCUGAUCAUGCUGGUUAAAGACCUUGACUUUGAAAAUUCAAAAGCCCACAAUCUAAAUGUCAUUGCCAAAGAUGGAGGCUGGCAUUCCAAGAUGGGGAGUAUCAACAUCACGGUAUAUGUUACAGACUUAAAUGAUAACCCCCCCAUAUUUACAUCUACAGAAUACAUGGCCUCCGUUUCAGAAAAUGCUUUAAUCGGAAGCCUGGUUUUGCAAGUCAGGGCUACUGAUGCAGACUCAGGGAUUCAUGGAGAAAUCACCUAUUCGCUCAUUGCAGGAGAUUGGAAUCUCUUCAACUUAGAUGGUACAAACGGCACUAUUACCACUUCUGAGGUUUUCGAUUUUGAGCAACAUCAGCAUUUUAAACUUACAGUCAAGGCCACCAACAUAGGCUAUCCAUAUUUGCACGAUACUGCACACGUACACGUACAGGUCACUGGUAUUAAUGAAUUCAUCCCUGCUUUUCAAAGACAUCUAUACAACUUCUCAGUGUCUGAAGCUUUGCCUUUAUGGACAGAAAUAGGCAGAGUAGUCGCUGUAGACUAUGACAUGGGACCCGAUGGAGAUGUGUUCUACGUUCUUGCAGGACAGAGUAAAAAAGCUGGCUUUGUGGUGGAUGAGCAUACAGGAAUAAUAUACAUCUCCAGAGAUUUGAAGAACCGGGGCCAAAAUUAUGAUGUCCUUCGUGUGUUGGCAAAAAACAAAGGACCUAUUACUGGAUUUAAUAUGGAUGAAGCUUUGAUGCAUAUUCACAUAUUAGAUGAAAAUGACCCACCUGAGUUUGAAUCUAUGGUUUACGUGGUAGCAGUGCCAGAAGAUGCUUUUAUUGGGACAGCCAUCACCAAAGUUAAAGCAGUGGACCGUGAUGUGAUACCGGAAUGGAGCAGGUUCUUGUACAGCAUAGAACAUGGAAAUAUAAACAGUUCCUUUGUUAUAGAUCCAGUUAAGGGGAUCAUUUCAGUUCACAGUUACCUGGAUAGGGAGUUGUGGCCUUUUUAUAACCUCACAGUCAUUGCUGUUGAUGAAGGUUCACCUGCUGUAACAGGAACCACGAAAGUAACCAUUACCAUUGUUGAUGUUAAUGAUAACUCACCUAAACUUGCAAUCACAGAAGGCUUUAUCAGGGAAAACCAACCUUCUGGUACCAUGGUGUCCACCUUAACAGCAACAGAUGAGGACCUUCCUCCAAAUCAAGGUCCUUUCACGUACUGGCUGAUGAAACCUGCUGUCGAAAACAGCUUUUCACUGACAUCUGAUGGGGCACUCUUUACCUCAAGGCCUCUUGAUCGGGAACACAACCCUUUUUUUCACCUGCACAUUGUGGUGCAAGAUGCUGGUAAGCCGUCGUUGUCCUCCACCACUGUGUUUCAUGUCAAAGUCCUGGAUGAAAAUGAUAACGCACCAUCGCAGAGGAACAUCAAUAUUUUAGUGAAAUAUUACGGAAGCUCCUUUCCAGGAGGGCUGAUCGGAAACGUGAGGCCGAACGAUCGGGACGAAUUGGAUGGGUUCAAUUGCGCCAUCAGAAAGGGGCCGCUCAGAAUGUUCAGUUUCCCAUUCGGUAUGUGUAACUUGUGGUCCUCGCCGUACCAAGGAGAGGCAACGUAUAAUAUAUCCAUUGAAGCGAGUGAUCAGCUCCACCCCUCUGUCAACAACAGCAUCUAUGUCAGUUACAAAGGCUUUACUAAUGUCUCUCUAGACAACUGUGUGUUGUUCUACAUUUCUAUAUCUACACUUGAGGAAUUCCUCUCUUUAAAGUAUUUAAAAUUUGUCAAAGCUCUGGAUAGCCUCUUUAAUCUACAGGCGUCCAAAACGCACGUGUUUGGAAUAAAGUUACUACAAGAUAAAAUGCUUCUUUUGGCUGCUGUAAAAAGCUACAACGGACAGUAUCUGACUGCGGACGUGGCGAGUGGAAUAUCAAGCGUGCAUAAACGGUUACUGGAAGGACAAAGCAAUGUCACUAUAUCCCAAAUAACCAGUGACCCCUGUACACUUCAGCCUUGCCAAAAUGGCGCCACGUGCAGCAGAAACAUUCACAUUAGUCAAGACGUUGUUGUGCUGGAAAGCUCUAGUCUUAUAUUUGUAUCUCCGUAUUUUGCUGCAACAUUCAACUGUUCCUGCCGAACAGGCUUCACAGGAGAUUCGUGUGACCUGGACUUGGAUGAAUGCGAUAAGACACCUUGUGAAAAUGGAGGAACUUGCUAUAACAAUCCAGGAACUUAUUUUUGUCAAUGCAGAGAUGGAUUCUCAGGGCCACACUGUAAUACCGUUGACAAUGAAUGUCAAACAGUGAUGUGUCUAAAUGGUGGAACGUGCUGGAACAAACAGGGAGGGUUCAUCUGUGACUGCAGGCCAGGAUACGAAGGUCGAUUUUGUGAUUACAUUGUUGACCACUGCGCUUCCUCCCCAUGUGUAAAUGGUUACUGCUUCAGUUUGUUAACUGGAUAUUCUUGUCAAUGUCCAUUUGGUGUAAGUGGAGUCAAUUGUGAAGAACACACUUAUGGCUUUCAAGAGCUUUCCUACGUCGAAUUUCCUCCAUUAGAUCCCCAAAAUAACUUCAUCUCUCUGGAAUUUGCAACUUUGCAGCAAAACUCUUUACUUUUCUACAACCAAGGUGACCCAUCAACUUUGGAGUUCCUAGCCGUUGAAAUUGUGAAUGGGAGACUGUGGCUCUCUUAUGAUCUUGGAUCUGGGGUGGUGCGAUUGGUCACAGGAAAACUAGUGGCUGAUGGAAGUUUUCAUAACAUUACUGUUAGAAGAACCGGAAAUAUAGCCUCUUUAGAAAUAGACAACUGCUCUACCAAUGAACCGCAAGGCUUUUGCUUAUCAGAAAAUGAUGGAUCAAAAGCAACUCAAAGGACUCUAGAAGUGACCAAUAAUCUGACGUUUGGUGGAAUAAAGUCCAUUGAUGUCAUUUUGCAGAGGCAAAUCAGGACUCAUGACUUUGUUGGAUGUAUGAGAAACAUACAAGUGAACAACAUUGGUCCAGAUGCCUUCAAAUCCAUGAAAUCCCAGAAUAUACUUGAUCGAUGUCCACGGUCAGAUGUUCUUCCCUGCCAGACUGUAGACUGUUUGAAUGGAGGAGUUUGUGAAGACCGAUGGUUUCACCAUCACUGCCAGUGUAGAGAUCUUUUCACAGGAUCCAACUGUGCCAUAAAUUUGGCUGAGCAGCACAUACUAUCUCUCGAUGGGGAGGCGCACAUUGAAUUUUCAGUCAAAGAAAGCUACAGGAGAAAACAGCUCCUGCAAGCCAUUUUAGAUGGGAAGGAUGGAGACUCCCCAGGAUUUGACAGUGUUGAGAUCAAGAUGAGGACCGUCAGAAAAAAUUGUGUUUUGGUUGUGUGCUGGUGUCCAACAGCUUUUCUAAAUCUUAAGAUAUCAAAUGGAAAACCUCUGUGUGUAUUCACAAAUGUCACAUCUGAUCAUCAACUGGAGGUGCAUGUAGAUGUAGAUGUGUCUGAUGGACAGUGGCAUGUUCUUCAACUGCGCAGAAGGGGGGCGCACAUAACUCUGUUGCUGGAGGAUCGACCUGCUGCAAACAACACCAACAUCACUAUAUCCCAAUCUGUAUUCUUAGUAGAGACCAUUUUUCUAGGCACAGCUCCCUUGGCAGAAUCCAGAGAUGAGAACUUAGGUUUUAAAGGCUGUAUUGAGUACAUCAAAUUUAAUGGUCACCUUCUCCCUUUCAAAGGCUACAAUGAGAUAGUUGAGGCCAGAUCCAUCCCUGUUGACCUUCAAAAUGUGUGCAUUUCCCCAAACCGCUGUGUCCUCACCCCAUGCCUUAAAGAUUCUUGUCCUUCAGCACCCUGCUGGAUUGACAAAGACUGUAGCUUUCCUUCAAAUAAGGACUACUGGUGCAUCUGUCUACACAAUGUGUCUGGUUCUGCAUGUUCUCAUUCUCAAAAGAGCGCCCCCUUAUGGAUUGUUGCAGUCGUUUUUCCCAUUGCCUUCAUUUUGUUGGUUCUUGUCCUAUGCAUUGUCAUUAAAAGACAAGGCAAACUUGGCCUUAAAGCAAAGGAUGUCUACCUCAAGCCACCUCCCAAACAGCACGGCACAGAUAACCUGGCGUUCAGUGCAGGACUUGCUGAUGAAUGUCCUCGAAACAUCUGUAAUGAGGGCAGCAAACAACCAGAUUUGAUAAAGCCAAAAGACUCAACACAUGCAGUGGAAAGUUACUGUGAAGUUGGGCCACCUUGCAACUUAUGUUUGGGAGGAAGUGAACUGGAAUAUUAUGAGAUUGACAGCACAUACACAAUCUAUAGCACAGAUGUUAAUACCGCACAACUAGAGGACAAUCCUGGUAUCGAUCCCAACAGGCCGCAGAUUUUUCAACGUGAAACCAAUCACGGACCUCCUUCACCUAAACUUAAUCUAAAAACGUCUGCGGACCACUUUCACCACUGGCAACGUCAAUCUCAUGUCUUUAAGAGCAGACUGGCUCCUGAUCUGAUCGAGCCCCCACAACAUCUCUCAAAAGGCGAGGUUGAAAAGUUGAAUGGAACCUGGGAACAUAAAGGAGAGUUUCCCACAACGCAUUGCAGGACCGUCUGGUCAGGCGGGGCAAUAGAGACUUCAUCAGAGAGUGAAAGUCACUGCUCAUUUACUUGCUCUGAAUAUGAAUAUGAACGAGAACUUUCCCUUAUCAGUUCAGAAGACAACAAAGAUGAACAUAUAUCUGAAGAUUUGUCCAGAGGUCAGUUUAUUCUACUGGCCCCGUCACCCUUCAGAGAUCAUGCCACUGUCACACAUCCAUGUGUUCAGAGUCUUCACUGCUCCUCUGUUUCUAGUGGAGUUCAGCAUCUUGAGAGUCUCCUAAAUCUAGGAGUCCAUUUCAGUACCUAUGCUGGUGUGUUUGAGGACAUAGCUGGCUUACCGACCGAUACGUCAAAUGAUUUUCAGAGUGAUCCGGAGGAAGUCAUUUGAAUUUUCUACGCUGGGUAUUGUUUUGCUACAGUGCGUGUACAUAAAGGGGCGGUUUUCCAGAAAGGGUUUAGAUUAAUCCAGGAUGAGGCCUUAUUAAAGGAAUAUUCCAU